UCUCAUCACAGAAACAUCUGCAUGUUCUCUGGAGGAACCUAUUUAAUCACCUGAGAAGUCUGCAUUUAAUGCUCUUGGUACAAAUACUAGCUACUACCCCCUCGACACACAAUACGCAAACUAAACGCUUAAGGUUAUCAUCAACCGACAAUUACCUUUAUCACCAUGUCUAUCAUGUCUUCUCUUCUUCCUUUCCUCCUAUUAUGUUUAUUCAUUCUGCAUGCAUGCAAAGCUCGCCAUCUCGGGGUCAUUCACAACGACUCAGCUGGACAAGCUCACCUUUCUUCUAGCAAGGAAGCAGAAAAAGCAAGAAAAAAUAAGACUUGGGUUUCAUCAGAAUUUAAGCCUUACCGGUCACGGGAGCUUCGAGCAGGACAACAAAAUCUGACAGUCGGCCAUGGAAGAAACAAAGCUGAUGAGAAUGGAGAUGUUGGAAGUAGUCAGAGGCCAAAGGAUCAAAAGGUCCUCCUUAACAAGGUCAGAGGAAGGAGGACACGAAAGACUACUACUUCAGGUGUUGCAGAAAACAGCUCUCUUGGUUCGGUUUCAUGGCGGGUACCUCAUGAGAAACAGAAAAAGCAUCCUGGGUUUGACCAAGACUAUGCUCCACCCAAAACACACCCUCCCACUCACAACUGAUGAACCAUGUCCCCCAUAUUCUUACUUGUCACCUUUCUUUUUCUCUGUCACUGAUGAUGUAUCUUGUUAUAUUUAACAUCCUAAAACUCUGAAAAACAUUAUAUAUAUGAUGUAGAACAGGA